UAAAACAGAAAUAUGUUGAUGUUGAAAAAUUGCAAAGACAGAAAAUUCAUAAAUGAAAGAAUACGCCGACAACACAUUAAAAAUGUUUACACUAUUAAAAAAAAAAAUAUUAUUAAAAUGCAAAAAAAAAAAUUAGGAAAAAAUUUGAUACCAGUUGUCCUUGGAAUUAUUAAAAUUAGUCUCCUUUUUACAACUCUGGAAAUAUGAAUUUAUAUAUAUUGUGAAGAAGCAUUCAGUUUCAUUUGAUAAUUCUGUCGAGUUUCAUCACCUGGCUAUAUCUUUUAUUCGCAAUUUAAUUAUUAUAUCAAGAGAAAAUAACAUCAGUUCCAGGAAAAUUGCUUUCCUAUUAAUAAUUAUGAGGCAAUUACAAAUUGUUCUUGUGUCAUUUAUUAUUUGUCAAAUUCGAGCCGAAUUAAUUGAUUAUGCGACAAAUUCGACAACAUGUGAAGAUAAAAAUAUGUUGCCCUAUGCGCUGGAUGAAAAUUACACGACUUGGAUAUGCGAUUGUAUGAUAAAAUAUUUAUAUUUUCCGAAAACUGAUUCAUGUCACGCUCCAUACAGACAAGGACCAUGUCUUGUGGGACAAUAUUUAAUACUUUCGGAUAAUGAUAAUUUUGGAAAAUGUGAGGAAAAUCCAUGCUUCUAUGAUGGUCUUGUGCCUUUUAAGGGAGGCUGCCAUUCCCUUGGACAAUUUGGACCACCUUGCGAUAAAGACAAUCAAACUGCUCUAUUAGUUACUCUCGAUUUUAAAUUGAUUUGUUCGUAUCCUGUAUUUUUUGGAAUUAUAACUGCGCCUGGAAAAACAUGUCCAAUUGGCAGUCGACGAAUUGCUCUUGGAAUUUGUAAAAAAAUUUUGUAAUCGUAAAAAAAAAAUUACAAAAUUUUACAAUUGUCGUUUUUAUUUUAUUUAAGAAAAAACAAUUGUAAGUUCAGGAUAUACACUAGUGAAAUAUAUAA